GCGCCAGGCUGGUCGUGGGGAUGUUCGUGGAGCUGGCCAUGGGACUGGCCGCGGGGCUGGCUGUCAAGCUGGCCGUCAGGCAGGCCGUUGUGCUGGCGGUCGGACUGGCCGUCGGACUGGUCGCAGGGCUGGCAGUCGUAUUGGCCGUGGGGCAGGCCGAGGGGCUGGUCGUGGGGCUGGCAGUCGGGCUGGCCGAAGGGCAGUCGGUCGGGCUGGCUGCGGGGCUGGCCGUGAAGCUGGUCGUGGGGUUGAUGAAAGUCGGGCUGGCCGUGGGGCUGGCCGUGGGCCUGGUCAUGGGGGAGGCCGCGGGGCUGGUCGUAGGGCUGGAAGUGGGGCUGGCCGUGGGACCGGCCGUGGGGCUGGCAGUCGGGCUGGCCGUCAGGCUGGCCGUGGGGCAGUGGGGGCUGGCCGCUGGGCUGGCAGUCGGGCUGGCCCUGGGGCUGGCCGUCGGGCUGGCCGCCCGGCUGGCCGUGGGGCUGGCCGUGGGGCUGGCAGUCGGGCUGGCCGUCGGGCUGGCUGUGGGGCUGGCCGUGGGGCUGGCCGUGGGGCUGGCCGUGGGGCUGCCCAAGGGGCUGGCAAUCGGGCUGGCCACAAGGCGGGCCAAUGGGCUGGCCGUCAAGCGGGCCGUGGGGCUGGCAGCCGGCCAAGCAGUGGGGCUGGCAGUCGGGCUCACCGCGGGGCUGGUCGCCAGGCUGGCCGUGGGGUUGGCAAUCGGGCUGGCCGUGGGGCUGGCAGUCGGGCUG